UGUAUAUGAGCUGACAUGUGCUUGUGUUUACAAAUUUGAAUGGUUGAAAAGACUUUCAUAAAUGUCCCUACUUUAAAAGAAAUGGAAAAUCUAGAGCAACGACCUUUGUUGUCUGAGAUCCGACGUAUGGCUCGGGAAAUCGAGAACGGGUUGUCAUGUGACAAAAUUAGUCAUAAUUAUAUUGAAAUGUUGAUGAAAUUUAGAGAAUUUGUAUGUGAUACAGAAUUUUCACAUUUAAAACACAUGGAGGGCAUUUCUAGUUCAGAUUUAGCAAGCGCUAGAAGUAUCUUUCGCCAGUAUCACUAUUCAAGAUGUUGCAGUCGCCUGCUGAAUUCCUUGUCCGUUGAAGUAGUGUCAAAGUAUUCGAAAGCAGCUGUACAGUCAUUAGAGAGCAUCUUCAGGAAUGGACCUGCCACGCAAGCUAUAAUAGUCCUGUGUACAACUAUUUCGAAAUCUGGACUUGGUUUUAAACUUCAUAAGUGUGUGUCCUUGUUGGAAACUUUGCUCACUGAUCAUAAACUGGCGGAGAUAUUCUGGGAGCAGUCUGUAAUGAACCCCUCCAUGCCUGAAUGUAACGACUCCCUCAUACAGGAUCAGCUGACAACCACCAUUGUGUCUCUACCAGAAACUGUCACAAACAAACUGCAGAAGGAAACAGGUGAAAUGUUUUACCCUCAAAGUUACGUGCCACUGGUGUGUGGAGACAUCUACAUGACACUGGAGAAGGUGCAAGGGUGCCUAGUUGCCGGUAGCGAUUGUUCCCUGGAGUUUGUCAGCAAGGUGCUGGGCAGAUUGGCACUAGCGGGGCAUGCAGAUCGUGUAUGGGGAUGCUUGCUGCCACAGCUGUACACGAAAGUACACUCAGAUUAUGUCUGGUGUCGGAUAUGUGAGAGAGUCAUCACCGGGGUGCCAACACGAUGUUUAGAAAGUGUGCUCACACCCUUCCUGAAACAACUACCGUGGUAUGGUUUGGCUGGGAGGUUCCUUGGUGACAGCGUUGUGAAGAACCACACCAUACAGAACUUGCUGUGUACAAAGCUACUUUUUCACAGACACUUCAGCCAGAUUCUUGUUGUGCAGAAUAUCAUUGGUUACCUGGCAACUUCACAUACAAGACGGAAACUUUAUUUGAAGGUGUUUCUGUCGCUGCUAGAGGUGUGGGGGGAUGCCAGCAGUGUUAAGCAUACAGCGUACGAGCAACAUCGCUACAUCUCCCAGGCAGUGCUCAUCUGUGUGGGACAUCUGAACUCCCAGGAGAAGGAAGCGUACAAGGAUGAGUUUGUUCGUCUCCUGAUGCCGGGAGUGUCGUGUCACAUCGGCCACUCUGACCCAAAGAUGCGGAGGCUGGGCAUGACAGUGGCUGAGAACCUUACCCGACAGGUGGACCAAGGUGGACCGCAGCUCAACUUCCAGUCUGAGUGUGAUGCUGAGAUUGAUGCGUUGCUGGCGGCAACAGCUGUACCUGAGGAGCCAAAUGUUGAUGCACUGGACAGGAUGUUGGGAAAGACAGUGAUAUCAGAGAGCACACCCUUGCCAGCUGCUGUCCCGAGGGAAGCACCCCAGCCGUCACAGUCAGGGUUGGGGGAGGAUUCCGACCUGGACAGCGAUGAUGACCUCCAGGCCUUUGACAUGUCACAUGAUGUAGUCCGGACCAAGGUGAAGGUCCCCAAAUAUGUGCGGGACUGUAUGGAUGGCCUUAUCAGCACGGACGACGUGGACAGAGUGGACGUGUGUCUCCAGGAGGCCGAGACUCUCAUUAGGAGGAAUCCAGAUGGUCUUCAGGAGAUAGCAGCCGAGUUCACAAAGGUCCUGCUCCACCUCAGUGACGGCGCCAGCUACAGGGGUUUCAUCACCAGGCGCUCUGCUGCAAUGGUGGCUCUCACAGUGCAGUGUCCCCGGACGGUGGCUGACUAUCUGACACAGGAGUUCUAUGAGAGGAACUACAACCUGCGGCAGAGGAUGGACAUCCUAGAGGUUCUUGUGGCUGCAGCUAAGGAGCUAUCUAAACCAUCUCCACCGUCGACGCAAGCAGCGCACAGGAAGGUGGAAGAGAUACAGUCCUCCAGCCAGGCGGACAGUGCUACAUGGAGGGAGAUUGUGGAGAAGAGGAUUGAGUCUAAGACUCGAAGGUUUGCCAGAGGUCGAUCACAACCCCUGCCACAGCCUAUGCCCAACAUGUUUGCACCAGUGGCAGGACACUUCUUCUACCCCCUCAUGAAAAACUUUGACAGGAAGGAGAACACUUUUGAUCUGCUUGGCGAGGACACCCUGGUGCUGGGGAGACUGGUGUACAGUCUAGGCAUGAUCCUGUACGCUGCCCUGCAUGUUCCGGCAAGUGGGCAGAUGGGCAGCUCUCUACUGGAGUUCACCUGGGGCCUCAGGUUCCACUCAGAUGUGUUUGUACGCCAAGCGGUGCUGUUUGCCACGUCAAUGAUCAUCCUGGUGGUGCCAUGUCACAGUCUGAUAUCAGACCUGAAUGCCGAGGUGACAGAGAUGAAACUGUGGCUGGAAGGGGUAAUGGAGAGAGAUCCUGACUGUGAGUGCCGGGAGCUUGCCCUCCAGGCCCUGGUGCUGUUGGGCAAUGUGAUGAGACAGGAGUUCCAUGUGGAAACACCAGUUACAUGACCUGGACAAGGAACGGCUGAAGAUGGUUGAUGAAGAAGGUAACAGUCCCCCUGUUGCAUGCUGGGAAAGUCGAUCCCCUGUCAGCAGGACCAGAUCAGACUCACCUCUUUGUGAAGGUGACAGGGUCAAGGUGAAUCAAGAGAUCCUGAGGUGGCCUGCCAAACACAUUACUUAUCAUACAUUUAAAAUGAUGAGAAACUUGCUGUAUGAAAUAAACUUGAUAUUAAACAAAAAA